AUGGAAGGCAGUAAUGUAAUCAGCUUUCAAUCACGCUUUGUUGUUGCGUUUAUUCUAUGCAGUUAUUUUGUAGGAUUUUUGGCCACAUCGGCUAGUAAUAUUGGUGGGUUCACCGUUGAGUUAAUCCGACGAGACUCUGUUAAAUCUCCCUUCUACGAUGCUAAAAAAACUCCUGCAGAGCACUUGAACACAUUUUUUCCACGUCGAUUGGCGAACGUCGAUGCAAAUUCCCCCGAAACAAUAGUAAGAGCAUACAAAGGUCAGCAUCUCAUAAAGCUCUCCAUCGGAACUCCACCUGCAGACAUUUAUGGCAUUGCCGAUACUGGCAGUGACCUUAUUUGGACACAAUGUUCACCUUGUGAAGGCUGCUACAACCAGAUUUAUCCCAUGUUCAAUCCUGACAAGUCCUCAACAUACAGUGACAUUUCCUGUGACUCCGAUCAAUGUCAUGAACUAGACACCAAAUGUACUCCUGAGAAGACUUGCCAAUAUGUUUACGGGUAUGGAGACAGUUCCACAACCCGAGGUUUUUUGGCCAAAGAAACUGUCACCUUGACAUCCACAACAGGGCAAAAAGUCUCCACAGAUGUUGUUUUCGGGUGUGGUCACAACAAUACCGGUACUUUCAAUGACCAUGAGACGGGAAUCAUUGGCUUAGGAGGAGGGGUUAUGUCGUUUGCUUCUCAAUUGGCUACAACCUUUGGCAGCAAGAAGUUCUCCCAUUGCUUUUCGCCAUUCGGCACUGAUCCUGACAUUCCAAGCAAGGUAAGUUUUGGCAGCAGCAGCGAAGUUUCAGGCGCCGGUGUGGUUUCAACACCUUUAAUAGAAAAAGGAGACACCACAUUAUAUUUUGUGACACUAAAAGGAAUUAGCGUUGGAGAUAAAUAUUUGUCGUGGGACCCUUCUGGUGCGGUUUCUGAGGGAAACGUGUUUCUCGAUUCAGGAACUCCGCCUAUGCUUUUGUCAAAAGAUCUUCACGAUCGCUUGGAGGCAGAAGUGAAGAACCAGAUUACGUUGGAUCCCGUUACGGACGACCCGGAUUUGGGGACACAGCUUUGCUAUAAAAGUGAAAAGAAUUUGGACGGACCAAUAUUGACAAUGCAUUUUGAAGGUGCCGACGUGAAGCUAACGCCCGAAAAUUUCUUCAUCCCACCGCCAAAAGCUGGGUUUUUCUGCCUUGCAGUGCAGAAUUAUGGGGCUGCUGAGAGUGGAUUUGGAAUAAUCGGAAACUUUGCUCAAGCUAAUUACUUGAUCGGUUAUGAUAAGGAAAAAAUGACGCUCUCAUUCAAGCAGACUGAUUGCACCAAAAACUAA